GUGUGUGUGUGUGUGUGUGUGUGUGUCUGUGUCUGUGUCUCUGUGUGUGUGUGCUGUGUGUGUGUGCUGGGAGGCGGGGGCGUCUGGUGAGAGGCCUCUGCUCAAUAAUGUAAGGGGUUGGGCCGCCCACGUGACUCCAGAAAGGCGGAGACAGGCGAGCUGGAGGGAGGACUGACAGGCCGCCCGGAGGGAGGUGAGGAGGGGGGCGAACUGAAUAAUUGAGGAGCUGUUCAGCAGCAGUGGCUGCCUCCUGCCUUCCUUUGCCUCCACCGCUCCGCAUCAUAGUGGGAGAGACAGAAUCUGGCGCUGUAAGUGCAGACGGCUAGCCACCAGUCCCUGCAGCUAGUUCAUCGCCUCCAGCUCUCCGCAGGUCAGCAGAGCCAUGGAGAUCACACUUCCCAAGGAAAAGCUGGACCUUGAAUUAGCCAGUCUUCUUCUAGUCCCCGGAAUUACAGUCGCAUUUGAGAACCAGCACUUCCUUGCCUUGCUCAUCUCAGUGGAGGCUGAGCUGAGACAUUCAUGCCCAGGAGAAGAUUGCUUUGGGUCCCUCUGGACCUUUCCUAAAAAGAAGAUCCCCAUUCACUAGAUGAGUUCCAGAAGCAUCCACUAAGGCUUCCAUCGCUCGCUUCCUUCAGUUGACCUUCACCGUAACCCCUCUCACACAGGAUGAGUGGCUUCCUUGCCUCCCUGGACCCCCGGCGGGUGCAGUGGGGGGCGGCCUGGUAUGCCAUGCACUCCAGGAUCCUGCGCACCAAACCAGUGGAGUCCAUGCUGGAGGGAACUGGGGCCACCACAACCCAUGGCACCAAGCUAGCCAAGGUGCUCACCACCAUGGACCUCAUCUCACUUGGCGUUGGCAGCUGCGUGGGCACAGGGAUGUACGUGGUGUCUGGUCUGGUGGCCAAGGAAAUGGCAGGACCUGGGGUCAUCGUGUCCUUCAUCAUUGCAGCUGUUGCGUCCAUAUUAUCAGGUGUCUGCUAUGCAGAGUUCGGAGUCCGUGUUCCCAAGACAACGGGGUCGGCCUACACCUACAGCUACGUCACUGUCGGGGAAUUCGUGGCAUUUUUCAUUGGCUGGAACCUGAUCCUGGAGUACCUGAUUGGCACUGCAGCCGGCGCCAGUGCUCUGAGCAGCAUGUUCGACUCGUUGGCAAACCACACCAUCAGCCGCUGGAUGGUGGACACUGUGGGAACCCUCAAUGGCCUAGGGAAAGGUGAAAAAUCAUACCCUGACCUUCUGGCUCUAGUGAUCGCUGUGAUUGUCACCAUCAUUGUUGCGCUGGGGGUGAAGAAUUCCGUGGGCUUCAACAACGUCCUCAACGUGCUGAAUCUGGCAGUAUGGGCAUUCAUCAUGAUUGCAGGCCUCUUCUUCAUCAAUGGGAAAUACUGGGCUGAGGGCCAGUUUUUGCCCCACGGCUGGUCAGGGGUGCUGCAAGGAGCAGCCACGUGUUUCUACGCUUUCAUUGGCUUUGACAUCAUUGCCACCACUGGAGAGGAAGCCAAGAAUCCCAACACGUCCAUCCCUUAUGCCAUCACCGCCUCUUUGGUCAUCUGCCUGACAGCAUACGUAUCUGUGAGCAUAAUCUUAACUCUGAUGGUGCCAUUCUAUGCCAUCGACACGGAAUCCCCACUCAUGGAGAUGUUUGUGGCUCAUGGGUUCUAUGCUGCAAAAUUCGUAGUAGCCAUUGGGUCAGUUGCAGGACUGACAGUCAGUUUGCUGGGCUCUCUCUUCCCAAUGCCAAGGGUCAUUUAUGCCAUGGCUGGUGAUGGGCUCCUUUUCAGGUUCCUGGCUCAUGUGAGCACCUACACAGAGACACCAGUGGUGGCCUGCAUUGUGUCGGGGUUCCUAGCAGCUCUCCUCUCGUUAUUAGUCAGCCUGAAAGACCUAAUAGAGAUGAUGUCCAUUGGCACACUCCUUGCCUACACCUUGGUCUCUGUCUGCGUCUUGCUCCUUCGAUACCAACCAGAGAGUGACAUUGAUGGUUUUGUCAAGUUCUUGUCCCAGGAGCACACAAAGAAGAAGGAGGGCAUCCUGGCGGACUGUGAGAAGGAAGUUUGUUCUCCUGUGAGUGAAGGGGAAGAGUUUUCCGGCCCAGCCACCAACACAUGCGGGGCCAAGAACCUACCAUCCCUGGGAGACAACGAGAUGCUCAUAGGCAAGUCGGACAAGUCCACCUACAAUGUGAACCAUCCCAACUACGGCACUGUGGACAUGACCACAGGCAUCGAAGCCGACGAAUCUGAAAACAUUUAUCUCAUCAAGUUAAAGAAGCUGAUCGGGCCCCGCUACUACACCAUGAGGAUCCGGCUGGGCCUUCCAGGCAAAAUGGACCGGCCCACAGCAGCUACAGGGCACACGGUGACCAUCUGCGUGCUCCUGCUCUUCAUCCUCAUGUUCAUCUUCUGCUCCUUCCUCAUCUUUGGUUCCGACCACAUCUCAGAGCGGAGCUGGUGGGCCAUCCUGUUGGUCGUUCUGAUGGUGCUGCUGAUCGGCGCCCUGGUGUUCGUGAUCCUGCAGCAACCAGAGAACCCCAAAAAGCUACCCUACAUGGCUCCCUGCCUCCCCUUCGUGCCUGCCUUUGCCAUGCUGGUGAACAUUUAUCUCAUGCUAAAGCUCUCCACCAUCACAUGGAUCCGGUUUGCAGUCUGGUGCUUUGUGGGUAUGCUCAUUUAUUUUGGGUAUGGCAUCUGGAACAGCACCCUGGAAAUCAGUGCUCGAGAAGAAGCCUUGCACCAAAGCACGUACCAGCGCUACGACGUGGAUGACCCUUUCUCGGUGGAGGAGGGUUUCUCCUACGCCACCGAAGGCGAAAGCCAGGAGAACUGGGGCGGGCCCGCCGAGGACAAAGGCUUCUAUUACCAACAGAUGUCAGAUGCUAAGGCAAACACCCGGACAAGUAGCAAAGCAAAGAGCAAAAGCAAACACAAACAGAACUCAGAGGCCCUGAUUGCAAAUGAUGAGUUAGAUUACUCUCCAGAGUAGGAGUAAACACACAAGAAACGUGUAGACACGAUGGUGAUUUCUUUUCAGUAACUUAACCUGUGGGCUAGAGGGUGAAACAUUUUUUGGCUCUCAUUUCAAAACUCCAGCCUUCCCCCAGAGUCAGUCCCCAGUCAUAGCCCUUCAUUUGCUACUUUUGCUCUUCAGGAUAGUUCUGUUGAAGGGUCUAACCUGGGUUUCGUCACCGAUUCCCUUGUAAAAAAAACAAACAAACAAACAAACAAAAAACUAAACAGGAGGCUACAAGAAAUUCUAUCUUAGGUGCAACCAUCAGAGCUGAUGGCAGCAAAUGUUUCCCAGGCCUUUGCUUUGCUGGUUGAAUCCUUCUGCUUCUUACUGAGACCCCAGAAGCAAGGGGCUAACUUCUUGGGCCACACCGAGGCUGCAGCUCCUCCUGGAGAUGUGCCAAAGCAGGCGGGUGGGGGCACAGGGCGGCUUUUCAGGCACCGGGAUCACAAGGGCAAAGAUCCUCUCAGCGCUGGUGGGCUGAGGACUGCUCCCCAGGGGGUGGGCAGGUGGGUGCUAGCACUUCCUCAGCCAGCAACACUUUGUCCUCAGAUCUCACAAAAACGAAUUCAUGGGAGAAGACGCGUGCUUCUUUUUAUUCCCCAAGGUUCUCAGUCUCCACACCAGAACUUCAGGAACCAGCAAAGGUUAGGGACGCUGAGACCAUUUCCCCAGAGGUUUCAGAUUUACCAUAAAGCAGUCGCACAGACCCCACAACAUGGUGAGAAGCACCAUCAAAGGCCUACUUACGUGCCCAGGAAAAAAAUUAAACAAGCAUCUCUUGCAGCGAAGGCCAGAAGGGCAUUGGCAGAAAUUAACUCUCUGUCAUACCUUUUCUUUUACCAGCCCCUAAGCUCCUGCUGAUAUAAUGAAAGAGGGCAAAGUUGGAGCAUGAUUUCAUGGCACUAAUAUGCCUUGAAGAAGUAGGCCGUUUGUUUUAUAAUCGGAUAAAAAUCUUUACAAGGAGAAGUGACCCAGCCACGGAGAUCACAUUGCAAAUUCUAUUUCAGAUUUCCAAAAUUAUAAAUUGUGCAGUUUGUUGAGAUUUGCAACCACUUGAUUGGCGGGGGCUCCUCUGAAAACAAAGAUGUGAAAGCACAGCUACUUAGGUAAUCACAUUCCAAGAGAUCACAUUUCACUUCUGAACCUUAUUCUUCUGGAGUAGCUCCCUUUUAGACAUGUAUUUUGUCUGUUAUUUCCCAGAGCAGGAUUCACUGAAGCCCAGAGAAACACCUACCCAGCAAGGUCUAAAUUGGGCCGUGAGAGGGGCUCCUAAAAGAAUUUUCUCAGAAAUAACCUAGGUGAGAGAACGUGCCGCAGGAAGAAAGCUCAUGGCCUCUACUCUCUCCUCUUGGGUUCCAGGGAUUCCCACGGCUGCACUGAGAUGUGCAUGCGAAAACACGAAGGCACAGUUUCAGUCGAGCUAAAAUCUUCGUGGGAGUUUCCUGAAAGGGGGACAAAAUAGCAAAUUUCGUGCCCUCUCUCUCCCGGAUCUAGCAUUAUGCCAAAAGUUUUCCAGAAUACAUCGACUAAUGUGAAGUGUCUUCUUUCUUAACUGUUGAGGUUCCUGCCAUCUUGGCAUGCUUUAGGAUUCUGAAGAAGAGGCAAAUUCCAUUUUUUCACUCAGUGAACACUGAUUGAGAAAGUACCAAGGGCUAAGCGAUGAGAAGGGAAAGAAGUGUAACAUUGUGCCCUUGGGGUUCCCAGUUCAGGGAAAGCACAGCUCUGACGCCUGCCAAACGCAGACAAAACCACCAAGCCUGAGUCCUCGUGGAUGGCGCACUGGGCUUAAAAUUGAAGGUCAACUGAAACUAGUUUUUUAACACGCUUUUAAGUCAAUUGCAUAUCACACUCAUAGCCAAUGUAUGCCAAUAAAUCCAAGCAACUCCUAUUUUCUAGAUCUUCUUUUUCUGUAUCAAUUGUUCAGAUUUCUGGUUCCCUGAGGUCAUUCUGUCAUUUUAACGUGAUGCAUGGCAAGGCCGUGUCUUCUCUCCCCUACACUUGACCAUAAAGAUACAGUAGCUGGUCUGUGAAAUAUAGUCGUGGGAAUGAACCGUAAGCUAAUUGUCAGGAAUGUUUUGUGAGUACAAAGUUCUGAACUAGUUUUGAGAUUCAACAAAUCUGCCUAAAUCAAAUAAUAACGUGCUAAGCCUGAGAUAUCCAGAUAGAUGCGAUGGGGCUGUAUUCAUUAAAAAUUUCCCAAAAGAAAUAUGAGUGCAAAAUAACAAAAUCUUAACAUGGGUGAAAGAGCUUCCUUUUACUAUGAGGGUUGAGUGUUAAGGUUACAAUAGUCUGGUGGCAGAUGCACGAAAUUUCUGUAGCAUGAGGAGAGAGAAUGCACGCUUCGGUAAACACCACUGGCAUAUAGAUUUUGUGAAGAUCCUAUGAGCUGCUCUUUUUUCUGGAGCCAUUUCUCCCAAAUGGUAUCUCCUUCUUGUCUUAAUCCUGGCCUCUUCAUUUCUCUAAAGUUAGUCAUCUCCCUAGCAAUCUUGGUUUUUAAAAAAAAAUAAGUCAAAAAACUUAGUAUGAUAGAGAAAGAUUUCUUAUGGUAAGUUGACAUGUUUUGUUCAUGUUUCCCAGCCUCUGUGCAAUGGUCCCAGAUUUCAGAAUGCAGUUUCAAAUACCGUCAAUUACUAGAAUGAUUCUAUUAGUGUUUCCUAACAAUUUCCGCAAGACCACUCUCUGGGAUCAUGUUAAAAGUGAGAUCACCUUAUAAUUACUGAAGAAACUUAGCCCUCUUGAAUGGAGUUCAAGGAAGACCUACAUUUUAUUGAAUUCUUCUCUGCUGCGAAAGCUCUUCCAGGGAAGUUUCGUUGUGUGAAUUAGUAGUUUGGAACCAAUUACUUGAUUUUUUUUUUGUAAUUGUAUUCUAUUUAUCGGUACUCUGCUUCAUUUCAAAAGGAUUUUGAGGUGGCCAUUAAAAUACAUAUAAUACCAAAAAAAAAGUGAGGAGUUUGGAUAAAGUAAAAA